AUGGAUGACCUUGACGAUAGAGACGACCUUGACAGGAGUGACUUUGAUGACACAGAUGACCUUCGUGACACAGAUGACCUUCAUGACACAGAUGACCUUCGUGACACAGAUGACCUUCGUGACACAGAUGACCUUCGUGACACAGAUGACCUUCAUGACACAGAUGACCUUCAUGACAUAGAUGACCUUCGUAACACAGAUGACCUUCAUGACACAGAUGACCUUCGUGACACAGAUGACCUUCGUGACACAGAUGACCUUCAUGACCUUCAUGACACAGAUGACCUUCGUGACACAGAUGACCUUCAUGACAUAGAUGACCUUCAUGACAUAGAUGACCUUCAUGACACAGAUGACCUUCAUGACAUAGAUGACCUUCAUGACAUAGAUGACCUUCAUGACAUAGAUGACCUUCGUGACACAGAUGACCUUCAUGACACAGAUGACCUUGGCAAUGACCUUCGUGACACAGAUGACCUUCGUGACACAGAUGACCUUCGUGACACAGAUGACCUCCAUGACACAGAUGACCUUCAUGAAAAGAUGACCUUCGUGACACAGAUGACCUUCGUGAAACAGAUGACCUUCGUGACACAGAUAACUUUCGUGACAGAUGACCUUCAUGAAACAGAUGACCUUCGUGACACAGAUGACCUUCAUGGCACAGAUGACCUUCGUGGCACAGAUAACCUUCAUGACACAGAUGACCUUCGUGGCACAGAUGACCUUCAUGACACAGAUGACCUUCGUGACAUAGAUGACCUUCAUGAUAACUACGGUAAUAACGCAAUGACUAACGACAUUAACCAAAAGUAA